CCUCGAUGCGUGUCAUUUACCCGAGUCCCGGCCAAGCACUGCACACACCAGCACGACACUCAUUGUUUGUCCACUCAUCAAUCAGCCAUUCAUUCAGUCCUCCACAAUAGACCACUCGUUGGGCAGGGGACAGCCACGCCAGGCUUACAUAUCAACACAGCAACGAGGCAGGCAGGCGAGUCAGCCACUGAAUGUACACACACGACGCACCGGUGAUGCACACGGCCGUCACCAAAGGCAAAGAGCAAGGCAAGGCAAGGCAAGGCAAGAAAUCAAUCAAGGCAGAGAGAGGGAGGGAGGCGGAGAGGAAAGAAUGAGAGAGAAGGUAUCAUAUGGUCGUGCGUGUCUGUCUGUCUGUCUGUUGUCUGAAGCGAUCGCGAUGACCCAAAGCCAUAUUUAUGUAUGGGUUCGUUCCUCUUUCGGCCAUCGAUCGCAUCGCAUCGCGUGACGUGACGUGACACCCCCCCCUCCCACCCGCCAUACCCCUCUGCACACAUUCAGCCAGCCAACCAACCGGGCACCGUCCGAAACUACAGAGAAACGAGCAUGCCAAGAAACAACAAACUUGUAUGCUACACGGCACACACCCACACCGGCCGCAGACAGACAUCCAGACAUCCGGGCAGGCAGGCAGGCAGGCAGCCACACAUGGAAAAAAAUCACGUCAGUCAUGGUCAUAUUGCCGCCACGACACACCUUUCGGUCAUGGCUGGCAAAAAAGGCAACCAACGCCGCCAGAAGUUUUUGUUUGCACCAUCAAGUCCCUCCCACCGCAGGCAGGCAGGCAGGCAGGCACGUAUGAAGAGCGAUGAAUCCAGCCAGCCAGCCAUCCACCAUCAGUCAGCCGCGCAUGUGGGCCUAUAGCACACACAUACAGCAUCAAGCAUCAACGUACACUUGUGUCUAAUCAUUGAUCAUCUGGUGUGUGUGUGUGCACGUGUGUGUGCGUGUGGGUGUGGAUGUGUUUGGGUGUGUGUGUGUUUGUUAUUAUGGGUGCAGAAUAUCAUCAGCUGUGGAUUGGUACCAGUUUGAUCUUCUGCCCCUGGAUGAUUUCGUUCUGUUUCUUCUCCUGCUGCAGGACGCGGUACAGCCCCACUAUCUGCUCCUCAGACGCCUCGUCCUACAUUGCACGACGCACACAACACAUCACACACGCGUCGGCACCAAGGUCUUGGUGGGGAUGGUGUGUGUGUUUGAUGAUGUGUGGGCAAUGGGCGGGUGGCGUGCUGACCGGCUUGAACGGCAGUUUGUCAGCCUUCACCUUCUUGAUGGCGUUCUUGGCGCGCUGCAACUCAAUCGAGGCCUUCAGAUCCUUGUACCUGCACACACAAGGAGGGAGGGAGGGAGGCAGGGAGGGAGGGAGGGAGGGGUAUGCAUGCUGUUCUCAACAUCCCCAUAAAUAUGUCUGUGUGCCUGGCCACCGACCACUGGACGAGCUGCCGGUCGUCGGCCGUCUCGGGGUCAAAUCCUAUCUUCUCGCCCUUCUUCACUGCAGAGAGAGGAUAUGGAUCGUUGAGCAUGGCUGGCUGUGUGUGGCGAGAGAGUUCCUCCCAUACCCCUGAUCUUGGAUAGGGUUUUGGCAGAUUGUUUGAGCUUGGUGAAGGCCUUUUUGUCCUCCAACUCCUGCAGAACCCCACGGUACCUGUCAGUCAGUCAGUCAGUGGGCCAAUACCGCACCACACACACACACACACACACAGACGCACAGACGCACAGACUGACAUUGGAUGAGCAGAGGCUCUCUACUAUGCUGGCUGGCUGACCACGUGGUAUAGUCGUCAUUGGUCCAUCCCUCCGUCGACAACUCGCCCUUCUUAGACAGACGGCGCGCCUUCGCCCUGCACACCCAGCACACCCAGCACACCCACCAACACCCGGAAGUGAUGCGAUCGAUGUAGCCAGCGACGGUCGAGGCUCUCUUCCUUCCGUACUUACUUGGCUGCGAUGACGGUCACCUUGGGCUCGGCCUUCCGCACCUCAGUCUCCUCCACACGCUCAGCCUGGCGUAAAAGGAGAGAGAGAUAAAGGGGAGUGAGCGAAGGCAGGAGGGUGGAGUGUGCGUGUUGUGUUGUGUGUGAGAAAUGGCAGGCACCUGCCGCACGAGUCUGGCCUCCCGCUGGUCCUUCAGGAACUGCUUGUACCAACCCACCAGUCUAGCGUCCGACGGCAUCCUGACCGACAGACAGACAGAGAACCAGACGGACGCAGUGCAUGACGGCGGCUCCUAUGUAAGAGAGUGUAAGUGUGUGUGCGAAGGCUCACUGUGUGAUGAUGUUCUUCUCCAGUGCGGCCUUGGCCUUCUUGCGGGCGCGCUCUAUCUCGCGAGACGCCUUGGCAGCCUCCUGACACACAUGACAUGGUCAGUCAACAUGUCAGUCAGAGUCAACACACAGCCGCUGCCUCCCUCGGCAUCCUACAGGCAGGCAGGCAGCUGACCUUUUCCUCCUUGAUAGCAGCCUUCUGGUUCUUGUACCAGGCCACCAACGCAUCCCGGUCGUCGCCAGAUGGCACCCUGCACACACAGACACCCACCCACCCAUGACACCGACCGACCAGCUCCUCGCAUAAAUCGAUCCAUCUCCUCCCUGUGCCGCAUGGCAUGGUGCUUACUUUGCGUUGGGGUCAGCGGUCUUGAACGUCUCUGCUAGUUUCUGCGCCGCUUUGACGACCGAGGUCGACACCUUGGCGCCAGCCUUGGCCGCCUUGGCCCCACGAGCAGCCGUGGUCUUGCCAGCAGCCGCAGUGGCCGCGCCCCUCACGCCAACGCCCCCAAUCUCCAACAAACAGCGAUACUGCCACACACCAGAACACAACACAACACAACACAGAGACAGAAUGCAAUGCAGCUGUACUAUCUAUCGGUGUGGGUAUAGAGAGAGGGUGUUGGCUUGCAGCAGCGUGCCUUGCCUUGUCAGCGAGUUUGAAGCCGUCCGGUCCGACGUAGGCCAUCAUGGACGGCGAGGGCAGGACCACCCUAUGCAUCGGGGAGGCCUGGUUGGCAGUGGGGGACACAAACAUCGAGUGCGGCGUGGCGGCGAAGUAGCGGGCGCCUCCACAGGCAGGCCCAAGCAUGCGGGCCGCCGUCGGGGCGAACGGCAGCUGAGGACACCGAGCAAUCGGCAGCCGCAGCGAAGACAUCGCGAAUUCGAUGUGUUUGGGAACUCUAUGCUAUCCACUCCAACAACAGCUACGGUUUCACCCGGUUGGAACGUUUCUGAG